GCCCCGCUGCGCCUGCGCAGGGCGGGCCGCCGGCGGCCGAGGCGAUGAGGGUGUUGGUGCGGCGCUAUUGGGGUCCUCCACUGGCUCAUGGCGCCAGGCGUGGGAGGCCGAGUCCCCAGUGGCGAGCCCUGGCCCGACUCGGCUGGGAGGACUGCCGGGACACCAGAGUCCGCGAGAAGCCUCCCUGGCGGGUGCUCUUCUUCGGCACGGACCAGUUCGCCCGCGAGGCCCUGCGGGCGCUGCACGCCGCCAGGGAAAACAAAGAGGAAGAGUUAAUCGACAAACUGGAGGUGGUCACAAUGCCUUCCCCAUCACCAAAAGGACUGCCAGUGAAGCAAUAUGCUGUGCAGUCUCAGCUUCCCGUAUAUGAGUGGCCGGACGUGGGAUCUGGAGAAUAUGAUGUUGGAGUAGUGGCUUCGUUUGGCCGACUUUUGAAUGAGGCUCUUAUUCUUAAAUUUCCCUAUGGCAUAUUGAAUGUUCAUCCCAGUUGCCUCCCGAGAUGGCGUGGCCCAGCCCCUGUAAUCCAUACAGUGCUUCACGGAGACACAGUUACUGGAGUAACAAUUAUGCAAAUUAGACCUAAAAGGUUUGAUGUAGGCCCAAUUCUCAAACAAGAAACUGUUCCUGUGCCACCCAAGAGCACUGCAAAGGAAUUGGAAGCAGUGUUGUCAAGACUGGGUGCCAACAUGCUCAUUUCAGUUUUGAAAAAUUUGCCUGAAAGUCUGAGCAAUGGAAGGCAGCAGCCAAUGGAGGGGGCGACUUACGCCCCUAAGAUUUCUGCUGGUACCAGUUGUAUAAAAUGGGAGGAACAAACUUCAGAACAAAUAUUCAGACUUUACCGUGCCAUUGGAAAUAUAAUUCCGUUGCAGACGCUCUGGAUGGCGAAUACCAUUAAACUUCUGGAUUUGGUAGAAGUUAACAGUUCAGUCCUUGCUGAUCCAAAAUUAACGGGACAGGCUCUUAUUCCAGGAUCAGUAAUAUACCACAAACAGUCACAAAUACUGUUGGUUUAUUGCAAGGAUGGUUGGAUUGGUGUUCGAUCAGUGGUGCUCAAGAAAUCACUAACAGCUACUGACUUCUACAAUGGAUAUUUGCACCCCUGGUACCAAAAAAAUUCCCAAGCUCAACCAAGCCAAUGCAGAUUUCAGACUCUCAGACUUCCAACAAAGAAGAAGCAGAAAAAAACUGUUGCUAUGCAACAAUGCAUUGAGUAGUUAGGAAGAAGAUGGAUAAAAACCUAUUACAUAUUUGUAAUUUAUUAAAAACGUUAUUUACAAGGAAUUAUCUGGACUUUUUUUUUUUUUUUUUUUUUGAGACAGAGUCUCACUCUGUCACCCAGGCUGGAAUCCAGUGGCACUAUCUCAGCUCACUGCAACCUCCGCCUCCCAGGUUCAAGCAAUUCUUCUGCCUCAGCCUCCUGAGUAGCUGGGAUUACAGGCACACGCCAACACACCCAGCUAAUUUUUGUAUUUUUAGUAGAGAUGGGGUUUCACCAUGUUGGUCAGGCUGGUCUCGAACUCCUGACCUUGUGAUCUGCCCACCUCAGCCUCCCAAAGUGCUAUGACUACAGGCGUGAGCCACCGUGCCUGGCCUGGAAUUAUCUGGACUUUCAAAGAAGAUGGCAUUGUUAUAAGAAGAGAAGAUUAUUGUCGAAAAGAUGGAUUGCCUCACUUUCCACUUUUUAUGUAACAGUAGUUAAAAAACAGCUUUUUUUUUACUUGAAUUACAAAAAAGUUUAAAUAAAACUUGUAUUUAUGAUACGAAA